CCAGGUCACCAUCACCAUCACCAUCACCCAUCAGCACUCACCUUGUCCAUCUCGAGACUCGGUCAGCCACCUUGCGCCCGUUGCGAUGUCAUCGGCCUAUGCAAAGGCAAAGCUCAAGGAGAGCAGAGAUGCCAUUCAGCGCAAGGAUUGGUCAGCCGCCCGCGAAGCUGCAGAGAGCGUCCUCGAGUCCGAAGCAGACAACUACAAUGCCACCGUCUUCCUAGCUUUGGCUCUUUUGAAUGAGGAACAGCACGCCAAGGCCGAAGAGACGUAUCUCAAGGCGAUAGAACUCCAGCCUACUCAGCCACUCGCGAUACAGGGACUGCAGAAGCUCUAUGAGCAGCGCCAGGACUGGGCAAAGUUGGUAGAGCUGCUACGCAAGCAGGCAGAUGUUCACCUUGCAAAUGGCGAUGCUACAAAGUGCGGAGAAUGCGUACAGAGGAUCAUAGAGAUUCAGAAGAGCGAAGGCGCUAGAAGUCAGAGGGCAGACGCUCUGAGUCUGGCUCUGCCCACCUCCAAGUAUUAUGAUCUACUCCGCACCCUUCCAGAGCCGGAGCCCACUGCCCCGCUCUCGACCACAACCUUCGAGAUUCAGAUGGCAAUCCACUUGGAAUCGUUAAGGACGACGAAAGAGGUCAUAGAGCUUCUGGAAUACAUUGAACAAGACACUGUAGACAAAGAAGUUGAGAAGAAGAGGAUGAGGAUAGAAGGGGCUGGCAAGACCCGUGACGUCCUUCGCAACGAGGCCGGGGUCCCGGUUUGGUCGCAAAGCACUCUGCCCCUACGUUAUGAGGAGAUACUCGCUCAUCCAGACGCUAGCGAUCAAGAUAGAAGGGAUGCCGAGGCGAAGUUGCUUCGUUACCUUCACAGGCUCCUGCUGGCCCUUCCAGCUCGGCAAGCCCCGUCGCAAGGUCCCACUGGCACCGCGGCAGUAGCAACACGUACAUCUGACGCCGAAGGCGAAGCAAUGGCCCUGAAGGCUCAAUGUAGAGAUCGCCUGGCAGAGAUGUGUCGAGGCAUGGUCCUUGUAGGAGUGCCGGACGAGCUUGCCUGGACCAUCCACCUCGAGUGGCAGGAUAUUGCCAGCCUAGACCAGCUACCUCUCCACCAUCUGCGAAGCUUCAUGCAUCACUUCCCUCGCUCUGGAAUGUCCAUGGCCUUUCGCGCACUUCUACUCCUCGUUCGAGACGAACAGUUCCUGCGCGAAGCAGAGGAAGCUCGCAAAGUGGCAGAUAUAGACCACGGAGUAGUCGACGACGAUCCUCUGGUGCAAGUUGCUGGUGCCCUGGAGAGCCGACCGGACAGCUUGCUCGUUGGAAGGAUUGCAGCCAGGCUUCACCUCCUUGAUCAUGACUUUGUCACCGUGUCAGACAUCGCCUCGAAUGCUCUGAAGGUCCUCUCCAAUUUGCAACAAGAUGCCGCUGUAUCCUUGCCAGACACCGAGCGUGAUCUGACCGGUGUCAGGGCGAUCGCGCUGUCUCGCAGCGCAAGGUCGCAAGAUCAUGUCAUGUCAAUGAGACUUUUGGACCUUGUGCUCGAACACGGUGAAGAUGCCGAAAUCCUAUUGGCCAGAGGAAGUCUUGAGUCGCACGCAGGGAGAUGGGAGUCAGCCAAAAGUCUCUUUGCCCGCUGCAAGGACUGGUGUCUCAGCCACACGACUGCAAGUGAUGCAGAGAAGCUCCUCAGACUGCACCGUGACCCGGUCACGCAGGCCCGGGCGGAAGUGGCAUGGUGCAAUGUGCAGCUCAACGACUUGGAGUCUGCUGACGACGAGCUGAGCCAUGUCAUUGAGGCGAUGGACAACGAUCCCGAGCAAGCCUUUGGCGACGAGGAUCGUGCGCGGGCUUGGCACAGGUGGGGUGUCUGUGCUUUAAGGCUUGCUCAAAAGAACGGGAGCGCGUUUACUCUAGCGUUUGAGCGCUACAUCACCUCUCUGAAGCGGUCACCCUCCUUCGCCCCGACUUUCUCUGCCCUGGGCGAGUACUACGAGACAUACCAAGAUCCCCUUGAUUCUGUCCGCUCCACCAAGUGCUACCAGAAGGCGUUCGAGCUCGACUCUACCCAAUCGAUCGCGGCCUUCAAGCUCGCAAGCCACUAUGCAACGGAACGUGAAUGGGAUCUGGUCGCCAUGAUCGCCAAAAGAGUUGUUGAUGGUGAGGGAGGUGCUGCGGCUCUGGGAGGUCAGACUGCCGCCAUGCGAAAGCACAAGACGUCCAAUGUGUGGGCUUGGAAAGCCAUCGGCUCUGUACGCUUGCAAAAGGGAGAUCCUGAGGAUGCGAUCACACCAUUGCAGGUAGCGUUGAGGUCCUCAGCUGAUGACGCCGUGACAUGGCAACGUCUGGGCGAAGCCUAUGCCCGGACAGGGCGCUAUGCAGCUGCUCUCAAAGCUUUCGAUCGGGCGUACGUCUUGGAUAACGCCAGUUGGCAGUCCCAGUACAGUAUAGCAGAUGUGAAACGAGAACUCGGUGACUACGACGAGGCCAUCGAAAUACUCCUCGAGAUCGGCGCAAGCAGGCCAACUGAGUCCGGCGUCACCAUUGCCACUGCGGAGACAUUCUUGCUCAAAGGUCGACAAGAGGCGCAGACUGGUUAUACAGCCAGAGCGCUACAGUCUUUCGAAACAUCCCUGAGCGAGUGCACGCGCUCUCUCAAGAGUGAACCGCAGAUGCGCAGCCCGUGGAAAGUUGUGGCUGAUAUCUGUUCUGAGUUGAGCAAGAUGGCAAGUCUUGAGGUCGUUGGCCCUCUUCUGACUGGCUGCCUACGACCUCUGAUUUCGAUCGCUGCCGAGCAGAACGUCGAUGCGGAUCUGCCUUCGAUCAAUGCAGUUGAUGCUGCUGCUGUGAUAGCCUCGUACGACAAUGCAGAGGAACACGCCUACGCGGUGCCGCUCGCGCUGAGCUCUUGCUACGUCAACAAGCUGAGAGUGAUCCUCUCAGCUUCGGACGACCAUCAGAUCGGGCCAGCGUGGGCUGAUCUGGCCAUUUCGCUCUCUCGUCUCGCUGGUCUGCAAGAGGAUCAACUGCCUGCUUCGCAAGCGAUCAGCUCCGUCAAAGCCGCGCUCAACCACGAGCCUGCUAAUCCGACGUUUUGGUUGGCGUUGGGCAACUUCACCUUUGACAGCAGUCUCAAGGUCAGCCAGCAUGCUUACAUCAGAGCUAUAGAGAAUAGCGUGAACGACGCUACUCCGUGGAGUGCUUUGGGCCUGCUCUACCUACAUCACGGCGACCCGGAAUUGGCGAGGCAAUGCUUCGUUCAAUCUCAGACAUUGGAUCCUGACUACGCGCCGCCAUGGAUCGGGCAAGCAAUGGAGUCUGAAGACUCAAGCAGAGCAACGGAGCUCUACGGUCAUGCCGUCGAGUUGUCCGAAGGCUCUUUUGCUGAGGCGGACUAUGGCUUCGCCUUGCAUGCUCUGACAGAGAAGCGUCACGACGAGUUGCCCAGCGCAUCUUUUGCAUUGUCAACUCAAAUCUCGCGUCAUCCUUACGACGAGACUGUCUUGCACCUAUCAGGUCUUGUUGCGGAGCGACUGGGUCAGCAGUGUUUGUCUUCCACUCGGAUCGAGGCGGCAGCAAGCUUGCUGGAAUCUGUCUUCGAGCAGAAUGAAUCACCUGAGGUGGCCACAAAGUUUGCGAUUGCGCAGAGCAACCUCGGAAGGGUUCGUGUGCUUGGCGGCGACAGCGAAGGAGCCAAGCAGAAUUGCGAGACCGCCUUAAGCUUGCUCGAAGUUGAUGAUGAUAUUGAUUUGAGCGCCGUUAGCGGGGAGGACGACAUCAGUAGGGCAAUACGCAAUGCGCAAAAGAUGGCUGAGGUUGAUGAUCACAUGUAAUUCUAGCCAAAGAGUGUGCUGAUGAUACAAUCCCACACUUAUUACUUCGCGCCACUCAUGCAUCUUGGGAAAC